AUGUCAGAUUCACAAGAAAAAAAAAAUAAGGAAUCAGCAUCAAUUGCUUCAUUAAACAAUGAUGUUUCAUCAGAUUGCGGCUCGAAAACUUCUCCUUAUAACGAAGAUGAACCUAAAAAAUCAUUCUGGAGUAGAUUCAGAUUUACAGUAGAUACAUCAGAUCAUCCACCACAAAUUUUAAACAAAACAUUAUAUUUAAGUAUUUUAGUUUUUGGUUUAUUAGGUGCUUGUAGAGGUAUUGAUGAAGGAACUAUAUCUGGAAAUAUUGCAAAUCCUUCAUUUGUUGCAAGAUUUGGAUUAAAAGCUCCAAAUAAAACUAUUCAUCAAUUAGCAAAUUUAAAAUCAAAUAUUACUUCAAUGGUUCAAUUAGGUUCUAUUGGUGGAUCUAUGAUUGCAAUGAAAUCAGUUGAUUAUUUUGGUAGAGUUCGUGCUGUACAAGUUGUUUGUAUUAUUUGGUUAGUUGCUGCUAUUAUUCAAAUUACUUCAUCUUCGGUAGGUCAAUUAUAUGCUGGUCGUUUAAUUGAAGGUUUGGCUAUUGGACAAACCACUUCUAUUGGACCUGUUUAUAUGUCUGAAGUUGCACCAAGUCCUAUUCGUGGUAUGGCUAAUUGUAUCUUCGCAGGGGCUGUUUAUUUAGGUAUUAUGUUGGGUUAUUUCGUAAAUUAUGGAUCUGCUUUACAUAUACCUACAAGACAUGCAAAUGGAUCGAUAAAUGAUUGGCAAUGGAGAGUUACUAUAUUAUUGAAAAUAAUUAUGAGUGUUUUAGUUUUUGUAUCAUCAUUUUUCUUUAGUGUUGAAAGUCCAAGAUGGUUAUUAAAAACUAAUAAACCACAAAAGGCAGUUGAAAAAUUAAGUAAAUUAAGAAAUUUACCAAGUGAUCAUCCAUAUAUUGUUGCAGAAAUUAGUGAUAUUAAUGAACAAGUUAUGAGUGAAAAAGAAGCUCAAAGAGGAUCAAGUUUAAUUAAUAAUUUUAGAUUACUUUUCACAAAAAAGAGUAUUGCUUAUAGAUUUUUAAUAAUAUGUGGUGGUACUCAAUUAUUAGGUCAAUGGUCAGGAGCUAAUGCAGUUACUAUUUAUGCUUCUGAAUUAUUUGCAUUAGUUGGUAUUAAAGGUAUUGAUAAAUUAAAAAUGUCUGCAAUUUUAGGGGUUGUUAAAUUUGUUUCAGCUUAUUUAUCAGCUUUUUUUAUUAUUGAUAUAUUAGGGAGAAGAGGUGCAUUAUUUAUUGGUAUUAGUGGUCAAAUGUGUUCAUUAUUAUAUUAUGCUAUCUUUUUAACAGUAGUACCACAAGCAGCUAUUGAUGGUACUGAAAUAGUUGGAUCAGCUAAAAGAGCAAGUACUGGUGCAUUGGCAGCUAUUUAUUUUAGUGGAGUUUUUUGGACAAUUGGAUUUAAUUCAAUUCAAUAUUUAAUUGGUGGUGAAAUUUUCCCAUUAGGUAUAAGAUCAUUUGCUCAGUCUUUAGUAAUGGUAUUUCAUUUUGCAAAUCAAUAUGGUAAUUCAAAAGCAUUACCGAAAAUGAUGAUUGCAAUGAAACCAUAUGGUGCUUUUUAUUUCUUUGUUGGUGUUUUAUCAAUCUCAUUAGUUUGGGGAUUCUUUUUACCUGAAUUAAAAGGUAGAUCAUUAGAAUCAAUUGAAGAAGUAUUUACAUUACCAUGGUACAAUUUAAGACGUUGUAAUAAAUUGAUUCCUGAUCAUUCACAAAUUCAUAAGAUUAAAUAUACAAAUUCAAGAAUGGGUAACACAGGAUAUGAUCAUAUACAAUAUGAUAUGGAAAAAAAUAAACCAAGUGUUGAAUUUGUUGAAGAUAUGAUGCAACAUAAUAGAGCAAGUGAUAAUGAUGAUGAAGAUAAAGAAGAUGAAAAAAAAUCCUAG